AUGAGUGGUACCGUGAGGAGGUUCCAUUUUUCCAGACCUGUUUUCAAUGGUGUCGAGGCUGUCAAGCUCCCCAGCACUUACGAAGAGGAAAAGGUAAUUAUCGACGAGAUUAACAAAGAGUUGCCUCAUGCUGACUUGGAUGCUUCAAAGAGAAUGAGAAAUAUCGGUAUUUCGGCCCAUAUCGACUCUGGAAAGACUACCUUCACUGAACGUGUCUUAUUCUAUACCGGUAGAAUCAAGGCUAUUCAUGAAGUCAGAGGUCGUGAUGCUGUUGGAGCUAAAAUGGAUCACAUGGACUUGGAGAGAGAAAAAGGAAUUACCAUCCAAUCUGCUGCUACAUACUGUUCGUGGGACAAGGAAGACACAGCUUAUCAUUUCAACUUGAUUGAUACCCCUGGCCAUAUUGAUUUCACAAUUGAAGUCGAAAGAGCGUUGAGAGUUUUGGAUGGUGCUGUGUUGGUUGUUUGUGCAGUUUCCGGUGUCCAGUCUCAGACCGUUACUGUGGAUCGUCAAAUGCGUCGUUACAAUGUUCCUAGGGUCACAUUCAUCAACAAGAUGGACCGUAUGGGUGCUGAUCCUUUCAGAGCCAUUGAACAGAUUAACUUGAAAUUGAAGACACCUGCUGCUGCUAUCCAAGUUCCUAUUGGUGCUGAAUCUGAAUUGAAAGGUGUAGUCAACAUCAUCGACCGUGUAGCCUUGUACAACGAAGGUGCCCAGGGUGAGACUAUAAGAUCUGCCGAAGUGCCAGAAGAGUUGAAGGAAUUGGUUGAAGAAAAGAGAGCUUUAUUGAUUGAGACUUUGGCUGACGUUGACGAUGAAAUGGCUGAUAUCUAUUUGGAAGGUGAAGAACCAACUGUGGAACAAAUCAAAGGAGCUAUUAGAAGAGCCACUAUCGGCAGAAAAUUCACUCCUGUCUUAAUGGGUUCUGCUUUGGCCAACAAAGGUAUUCAACCAGUAUUAGAUGCUGUUGUUGACUACUUACCGCAACCAAAUGAAAUCUUGAAUACUGGUUUGGAAGUGGCUAAAUCGGGUGAAGAAAAGCCAAUUAACUUGCUCCCAUCCAGUUCUGCUCCCUUCGUCGGCUUAGCCUUCAAAUUGGAAGAAGGUCAAUAUGGUCAAUUGACUUAUAUUAGAGUCUACCAAGGUAAGUUGAAGAAGGGUUCCUAUAUGACUCACGUCAAGACCGGUAAGAAGGUCAAGGUCGCCAGAUUGGUGAGAAUGCACUCCAACGAUAUGGAAGACGUUAACGAAGUUGGUCCCGGUGAAAUCUGCGCCACAUUCGGUAUUGACUGUGCUUCUGGUGAUACAUUUAUGGGUGCCAACAGUGAUCAGCUUAUUGCCAUGAGUUCCAUGUUUGUUCCGGAAGCAGUUAUUUCAUUGUCCAUUGCUCCAAAGUCAAAGGAUAAUGGAGCCUUCUCCAAGGCUAUGAACAGAUUCCAGAAGGAAGAUCCUACUUUCAGAGUCAAGUUCGACCCAGAAUCCAAAGAAACCAUUAUUUCCGGUAUGGGUGAGUUGCACUUGGAAAUCUACGUAGAAAGAAUCAAGCGUGAAUACGGUGUAGAAUGUAUUACCGGUAAGCCACAGGUUUCCUACAGAGAAUCUAUUACUGCUCCUACCACUUUCGACUACACCCACAAGAAACAAUCUGGUGGUUCUGGUCAAUACGGUAGAGUUAUGGGUGAAUUCUCUCCUCUUGAAGGUGACAACAAGUUCUCGCAACAUAUUGUUGGUGGCAAGAUUCCUGAGAAGUUCUUGUUUGCUUGUUCUAAGGGUUUUGAAGACUGUUUAGAAAAGGGUCCAUUAAUUGGUCACAAGGUCUUGGGUGUCCACAUGCAUAUCAACGAUGGUCAAACUCACGUCGUCGAUUCUUCUGAAUUGUCGUUCAGAACUGCUACUCAAGGUGCCUUCAAGCAAGCUUUCUUGGAAGCUCAGCCCGUCAUUUUGGAACCUAUUAUGUCUGUUGAAAUCAGUGCUCCAAAUGAGUUCCAAGGUUCAGUUGUAGGCUUAGUCAACAAGUUGGGAGGCAUGAUCUUGGAAACUGUCAACGGUCAAGAUGAAUUUACUGUCACUGCUGAAUGUUCCUUGAACUCCAUGUUCGGCUUCUCCACUUCAUUGAGAGCUUGUACUCAAGGUAAGGGUGAAUUCUCUUUGGAAUUCUGUAAAUACAGUCAAACCUCUCCACAGUUGCAAAGAGAGUUAAUUGCCGAGUACCAAAAGGCUUUGGCUGCUAAGAAAUAG